UUCAAGAAUCAUGGGUAACCUCAUUAGCAGACCUAGCUGUUUGGGACAAAAGUCCAAAAAGGUUAAGUCAGAUGAGAGCGUCUUGAAAGAGUGCUACCAGCAACGGAGAGAAUGGUCACUCCCAGAGCCUCCUAAAGAAGAGACAAGGAAAGAGGAUGUGGAAGAGGUUCUUCGACAAACUCCAACACCGGACAAGCAGAGAAGUUCCCCAGCCCCUACUGUCACCACUACCAGCACUCUGGACAAUGCCUGGCGAAGCUCUCCGUCCCCAGUAAAAACACCAAGAAAUGGGUCUUUGCCCAGAAGGUGUAAUAUUCCAGAGUACAGAAGAUCCCCCCUGAGUCAGUAUGGAUCCGUGGACAAGAGAGCCAGCCUGCAGAGAAGGGAUUCUGGAAGUCCCUGGUCCUGGAAACCUCCGAACACUCGAGAGGUUACCGAAGUCACAGAAGUAACAGAGACAAUUGUUACAGAGAUUGUGGAGGUGACAGAGUAUCCUCCUGCAGGCAAAGGAGGUGACCCUAUUGUUACUAGAACUGUGAGAGUCCUUACUGGAGCUGCUGAGGAGCUUGCAGAGCUGCUGAAUGAUGGUCAGUCAAGUUCAGACCAGGAAUCAAGUCUAGAUCAAUGGAAGGAUGGCAGAAGUGUUUUGGCUCUGAAAGAUGAGCUCAGGGAUCCAUUGAAAUUCCUGCAAAAUCUGGAAAUGCUGCUGACGUGGGUCUGCGAGAUUGAGGAGCUGACAGCCAAUCAAAAACCACCAUCCUCAGAGUUUAAAGUGGUGAAAGCCCAACUGCAAGAACAGAAGCUCUUACAGCGCCUCCUGGAGGACAGGAGACCCAGUAUGGAGACCAUGAUGCAGGAGGGUCCACACCUGGCAGAGGGGCUUCAGGGAAAUGACAGUGAAAAGACCAAAGUGCAGCUGGCACAGCUCAAACUCAAGUGGGAGGCUCUACUUCAGGGCACCAACAGCAGACACAAGAUUCUGGAGGACAUUCUGCCAAGAGCUCAGCUAUUCCAGGAGAGGACAGACAGACUUCAGCAAUGGCUUAUAUCUGUGGAUCAGGACUUAGCUGAGCUUCGCUCUGCAGAGAGAGGGAUGCUCCAUCUGCAAGAAACUGCAGGACAGGCCCAGGCAGUCAUGGAAGAGAUAAAAGCAAAGAGUGUCGACCUGGGGAAACUCCAACAAUGUGCUCAUGAGCUCAUGGGAAAGAUUUCAGAGGAGGAAACCCAGCUGGUGCAGGAGCGGGUGGAUAGUCUGCGUAUCCGGUACUCAGUGAUGAGUCUGGGUAGUGCUGAUGUCCUGCAGAGGCUGGAACAGGCUUUGGAGGCAUCUAGUCGAUGUACCUCCAGUCAGGAAGACCUCCACCUGUGGCUUGGUCGAAUCGAGAGAGAGCUGCUGGCUCCUGCUGCCCAGACUGAGACUGGGGAUGCAGUCUUGUGUUCUUCUGAGAGGCAGAAGCUGGAACAGGCUGUUGAGAAAGAGUUGGCUUGGUUUAGAGACACCUCACUGGCACUGGAGGAGCUCGGAGCCAUUAAUCUGGACCCAGACGUCAUUGCAUCCCAGCUCAAUGAGCAGAAAAUACUUGCUGUAGAGAUUCUGCAGCACAAGUUUAACAUUGAGAAAAUGGUGAAGAUUUUGGAACUCCUGCAGAUGUACACUGAGGAUGGGGAUACACUGAGGCUCCAGUCUUCCAUAGACACCUUACAGGAGCAGUGUCAGGUCACUACUGCCACUAAUUCGCAUGUCGUGCUUCAACUGGAGCAUGCUCAGUCGCUCUUGUCUCAGUUCUCAGAGGGCUAUGCUGAGGUGUUACCAUGGUUACAGGAAACCAAAGUCCUUAUUGGUCAGUUUACCCUGAACACCAUCAGCUACGAGGCUUUCCGAGAACAACAGGACCUCUUACAGGGCAUCAGGGAGUCCAUAGCAGAGCAUAAGCCGCUGAUAGCACGGCUGAUCAUGCUGGCCCAGCGUCUGUCAGACCUGAAUGCAGCUCAGGGACAGGAGUUCUGCCAGAAAGCCAGGGACACUGAAGAGCAGCACCUGGCCAUCAGAGACAGGGUUCGAGAAGCUGCUGGAGUACUGGAGGAGUCUCUGCCCCGCUAUACACAGCUGAAUGAGAGGAUGACUCUGAUUGGAGAGCGACUGGAGCGUCUGUGUAGUCACAUGCAGACCUCAAUGGCUCUUCAAGGCCUCACCCCACGAAUUCAGGAGCAGCUACAGGACAACAAGCACACAUUGUCUGAGCUCUCUAAAAUAGAUCUGGACCUCAGCAGUGUGAGGACACAGGCUCAGGAGCUCCUGACCAACACAGGUGCUCUUGGGGACAGUUCCAUUGGCACAGCUAUUCAAGAGCGGGUUUGCAGUCUAACAAGCCGCUGGGAUGAGGCUCAAAGGCAAGCUCAGGAGAGGGAGAAGUGGCUUCUCAAUCUACUGGAUCUGGCAGUCAGGUUCUGGAAUGAAGUGAGUGACAUGACAGCUGGACUGAAUGAUGCCCAGCUGGCUGUUCUGGACCUCAACUCCAGUCGAUCAGAUUCAGAAACCAUCCGACAGAGCCUGGAGACCAUGCAGACACUCAGGGAGGACAUUGAUUCUCUGCAAGGUGACCUGGACACACUGGGAAUUCGGGGAAUGGAACUCAUGUCAGCUUGUGGUGACACAGACAAACCAGAGGUCACGAAAAGUUUGGAUGAGCUUUACGGCACGUGGAACAAUCUCAGUAAGAUCUGGACAGAGUGCAACAGUAAGUUAGAAGAAUGUUUACGAAUGGCUCUUCAUUAUCAGGACAGCAUGCAGGGACUCUUUGAGUGGCUGAAGUCUGCAGAGCUGAAAUCCACUGAGGAGUUCUCAGUGGGAUCUGACCUGGGAUCAGUUAAAGAGCAGCUGUGUGACCUGAAGGAAUUUAAGCGAGAGCUCUAUCAGAAGAAGAUUGCGAUUGAGAGUCUAAACCAUCGCUUUGUGUGUCGUCUCUCCCCGGGCACCGAGCGACCGGGUUCCAUCUCUCCACUGUGCGACUUCCGUCGGCGAUGGGACAACUUGGAGUCAGAGACUGUCAGCAGACAGCACCAGCUGGAGUGUGCACUGCUGGGCUUGGGUCAGUUUCAGAACACUCUUGAUGAGUUGCACACCUGGCUCUCCCACACGGCUGACCUACUGCAAGCCUUUCUGCCAAUCAGCAUCGACCUGCAAACCUGUGAGAUCGAGCUAGCCAAGCACAAGGUUCUGUGGAAUGAUGUGAUGUCGCAUGUGCACACGGUAGACUCUCUGAACCAGGCCGGCAGAAACCUGAUGGAGUCUGGGGCGGGAGACAGUUCACAUGUCCUGCAGACUCGUCUGGAACAGCUGAACGAACGCUGGGAAUUUGUGCGCUGUGAGACAGAGCGCAGACAGCUAGAGCUGGAAAAUAACCUCAGUCAGGUUCAGGACGUAGCCAUGGAGAUCCAGGAUCUCCUGCAGUGGCUGGAGCACACAGACCUGAGGCUGUCGUCCAGUAAGACCGUGUGGGGAAUGCCAGACUCUGCCAACGAGAGACUGAGCGCUCAUUUGGAGUUGUGUAAUGAGAUGGAUUCUAAAAUGCACACCUACAUAAAUGUUCGCAACGCCAUCCACCGGAUGCUGGAGGGACGUGAAGUGGCCCGGGGCUCCAGCACGGAGCACAGCUUAUGCAUGCUGGAGCAGAAAUGGAGCGCUGUCUAUGCUAAAAUGCAAGAAAGAAAGGCAAAGUUAACAGAGGGGCUUGGUCUUGCCAAGGAGUUUAACAGUAAUGUCCAGGACCUGCUGACCAAAAUGGCCAAGUGUGAGGAGACCAUAAACACUCUGCCUGCACCCAGCUUCAUCCUGGACACCGUCUGCGCUCAGCUUCAGGAGCACAGGGUGCUGGUAGGUGAGGUGCAGUCUUACGGAGAGAGGAAGACGAGCAUAGAAACCGCUGCCACACGUCUGUCCGAGCUCAGCAGGAAGGAAGACUGCGAUGUGGUGCAGAACCUGAUCAUGACCGUUCAGGACCGAUUCAAGAAACUCCUCCAACACACCACAGACAGGGGGAAGACACUCGAGGAUGCCAAAAGACAUGCUAAACAGUUCAGUGAAUCGUGGCACUUGCUGGUGGACUGGAUGACGGAGGUUGAACAGACGCUGGACACACACAAAGAGAUCUCUGUGUCACAGGAAGAGAUCAAACAGCAGCUCACUGAACAAAAGGAGUUCCAGAAGCUGCUCCGCUCGAAGCGGCCCAUGUACGAGGCCUGUCUGAAGAGAGGCCGCUCGCUGCAGGAGAAAGCCCAGAGUCCUGAAGACACACAGCACCUGGAGAACAUGGUGUCUGAGCUCAGAGACUCAUGGGACACCAUCAGCGGCAAAUCCAUCGAGAGGCAGCACAAGCUGGAAGAGGCUCUGCUGUUUUCAGGCAGAUUCACUGACGCUCUGCAGGCUCUUAAUGACUGGCUGUACAGAGCCGAGCCACAGCUGGCUGAAGACGUGCCUGUCUGUGGUGAUAAAGACCUGGUCAGCAAUCUGAUAGACAAGCACAAGGUGUUCCAGCGGGAGCUCGGGAAGCGUGCCAGCUGUAUCCGCACGCUGAAGCGCUCGGUCAGGGAUCUGACGCGGAGCAGCACGGCCGAUGCACACUGGCUGCAGGAGCAGAUGGAGGAGCUGGAGGGCCGCUGGGAGGCCGUGUGUAAACUCUCUGUGUCCAGACAGACUCGACUAGAGGCUGCGCUGCAACAGGCGGAAGUGUUCGAUGGAAUGGUUCACUCGUUCCUGGAUCAUCUUUCGGAUGUUGAGAGGGUCCUGAAGUACGGAGUGCUGCCUGAGGAAGAGGAGGCUCUUCUGGCAUUUCAUACCUGUCAUCAGGAGUCGAUGAGCUCCUUGAACGCUCAGCAGACGGCGCUAGAAAACAUUCACAAACUGGGCGAGAAGAUUCUGUCCUCCUGCCAUCCAGACUCUGUCAUCACCAUCAAAUCAUGGAUCAGCAUCACAAAGACUCGCUAUGAAGAGGUCCAGACGUGGGCGAAGCAGCAGGCCGAGAGGAUCCAGGCCACACUGUCUGCUCUCGAGGCAGAGAGAGAGGAGAUCCAGCGAUUACUGGACUGGAUCUCCUCCGCUGAAGAGUCUCUCAAUCUGAAGGAGCAGGAGCCGCUGCCUGAAGACCUAGAGCUCUCUGCAGAUCUCAUCACUCAGCACACGGAUUUCAUGGAUGAGAUGAAAGGGAAGGUACCAGAAAUGGAAAACGCCACAAAAUCCUGUAAACACAAGCUGGCUCCCAAGCAGCAGGUUUCCCCCGGUCGCAAAGCACCAGCAAAGAGGAGAGGCACAGCGAAGCCCCCGCCGUCCGCUCCUCUUCCACUGGAGAAACUGGACCCUCAGACAGCCGUGAUGAGUCAGCUGGUGAGUCAAUGGAGGACACUCUGGCUCCUGGCCCACGGCAGACAGAGCAGACUAGAGGAGCAUCUGCAGAGGCUGAAAGAGCUGGAGGAGUUUGCUAAUUUUGACUUCAACAUCUGGCGGAAAAGAUACAUGCAGUGGAUAAGUCACCUCAAAUCCCGGAUACUGGAUGUUUUUCGUAGCAUUGAUCGCGAUCAGGAUGGACGAAUCACUCACAAGGAGUUCAUCAGCAGCGUUCUGGCCUCUAGUGAUGCCCUCCAUCCAAGCCGAGACCCUUACAGAAAGCCGAUAGAUGCAGACCAAAUCAAUGAGGAGGUGAGCCGUCAGGUCUCUCAAUGCAACUGUCCAAAGAGAUUUCUAGUAGAGCAAAUUAGUGCAAAUCGCUACAGGUUUGGAGACUCUCAGCAGUUGCGGAUGGUUCGUAUUCUCAGAAGCUCUCUGAUGGUUCGAGUUGGUGGUGGAUGGACAGCAUUAGAUGAGUUUCUAGUGAAGAAUGACCCCUGUAGAGUAAAGGGACGCACAAACCUGAAGAUAAAGGAGAAGUAUCUCUCUCCGGAUGCGUUCGAGGCGUCGGGCCGCAGAGGCAGCGCUAAAGGCCUGACCGUGAGCAGAUCUAACUCCAGCCUGAGUUUAUACAGCAGCGCUUCGGCUAGUGUCACAUGA